CAUAAGUAUUACAUUGUAUAUAGAAACAUUGCUUUUUUUCCGAUGGAAGAAUAUAAUUCUCUCAUUAAGUACUUAUAUAAAAUGUUUUAUAAGCCUUUUUUAUCAACUUACCUUAUACAGUAUAUACCAAAUUUUGGUGUUCAAUAUCCCAAAUUUAAAUUGAAUUGUACUUUCAAGUAAACCACUACUCUAUUAUAUGUAAUAAGGUUCUAUUAUAUUAUCUAGCAUGUCCUUAAAUGAGUUAAAAAAGCCCUACUUAAUUUAAAAUUAACGCUCAUAUUUAAACAGCGCUGCUAUCAUCCAACAUGUUGUAACUUCGUUGAUAUCCAAAACGAUAAAAUGUCUAUGCAGAGUACCAACUUUAUAUUCAUAUCCACUUCAAAUAAAGCAGUUGUAAUACAAACCAAUACCUGGUGCGUUAAUUUUAAACAAAACUACCUUAAUUAUUAGUCACCCCACCUGCCCAGCAGAGCGUAUCUCCCUAAAACGAACGAAUGUUUUCAUGCCAUCGUCUAUUCACACAUUAAUAAAAGCGUUGCGCUCUGAUCGGUCACUCUCGGUUUUUUAUUAAAAUUGUUCAUAUGAUUGGGAGCAAAAUAUUGAAAUUAAAAAUGUGCAGAACUGGUUCGAGUGCUAAAGUGGUGUUUGGUUGUUUUAACGCAGUGUUUUUUACAUGUGGUUUCCUCGAAGUAGUGUGUGGAUUCCUGCUACUAUGCGAUUCAAGAAUCCUUCUAUCAAGAUUACUAGCGACGCCUGAAGGAAGUUUAACGCACCCGCCAUUUUACUACCUAGCCUUAGCUUUAUUGGCUGCGGGCCUUGUGAUGUGUGCAACCGGCGCUCUUGGAUGUUGGGCUGCGUAUAUACCGGGAUAUGUAAUCCUGACAAUAUAUUUCCUGGUGGUUCUGUCGCUGUUGCUGUGCGAAUGCGCCGGCGGUAUAAUAGCGGCAAUUUGGCCUCGUUGUCUCGGACUGCAGAACGCCCGCGGCGGCGCUGUUGGUGCAUUGCAAACCUAUUACGCUGUGCCUGACUAUGAACAGUUCACGGCGUCUGUGGACCUUGCACAAACAGAGUUGAGAUGCUGUGGGAUUACAGACGCCAGGAACUAUGACAUGUCCAUCUGGCAGCUUCGAAGGUUAGGUCCCCGGGGUAUGUCGGUGCCGCUAAGCUGCUGCGUACAAGACGAGCAAAACAUCUCGUAUCUCAACCCGAUGCCGCUCAACGCUUCCCGUUGUCAAGACAUUCAGCCAAAUCCCACAUACAGAUACGUGCCUGGAUGCUUGGGGAAAUUAGAAGAUUGGUAUCAACAACAGUAUUUGGCAUUGAUGUUGAGCGCAUUUAUAUUUGCUUUAAUCAAAAUCGGAAUCUUGCUGAGCACCGUAUUUUCUUGCAUACGUAUUAGGAAAACGAGACAAGUCGUCCAUUCCAUAACAUUCAAGCGCUCAGACAAUAAAAUGAAUGAAAAUAUGUACGAUAAUGGAGCGCACGACGAACCUAUAACGGCGAAAUACAUUCAGCCCAACAACUUUUACAGUCCCAGAGUGCGCAACCCGUGGAUAUUCUCGAACAGGCCGAAUGAGAUGGUAUGAGAAUUAGCAGCGGAGAUAAAUGCUUUAGAGAGAAAACUGGAGAAGUUUUCCGACUGUCUGUAUAGACAUCAGGCGGACUCGAUUAUGUGGUGAUACUAUGUUUCCAAUGUUAUGUAAAGCAAUGUAUAUUGACUGCACUCGUGCCAUAACGUACGCCCAU